AUGUAAGGAAUAGCAAAUAUCCCUGUAGAAAUGAGCAAGACAUUGGAUGAUAAUUAUAAGAUGAUCAAGGAUCAAUGCAAAAAUGAAAUGUGCAAUUAGAUGAUUAAUAGUUUAUUAGAUUAAGUAAUUUAAAAAUGUAAUAAUUAGAAAUAAGCACCUCAUAUUCGAUUAUAAUUUCUAUACAAUAUUCAUUAAUGGGAUCAGAAUAUUUGCUUAUCUGAUUUAUGUAUCAACCAAUUAGAAAUGAACAUAAUCAAUAAUAUCAAAUAUGUAUUCAUAUUUCAUUAUGAUAGAGUAUGGGUAAUCAUUAGAUCAAAUAUUAAGAUAAACACAUUUAUUAUAGAUGAAUAAAAUAGAACUUUCUUGUGAAUUUAUGAGACCAAUCCCAACCAUAUAUCAUCAUUAAAGUUUUGAUUAUAUCCAAUUGGAUUUAACUCAUCAAAAUAUAUGGGACUAUAACGUAAGUCCUUAGAUAAAAUUUCGCCAUUUAUUGUGUUAAGCUUAAUGUACAAAACUUUAAUAGGGGGAUCAUCAAAUGAUUUUAAAUCUAUUCAAACCAGAAUAUAAGAUUGAUUGGAAUCAAUUCAAACUUUUAGUGGAGUAGAAUCCAUAAUUAGUGAGUGAUCUUAUGAAAAAAUUAUAUUUAAUAGGUGUUAAUGCUAACGAGUAUAUUUAAAAUAUGAUUAUUUAGAUAUUUAGAAUAUUUAAUUUAGAUAAAAAUUAGUAUUCAGACAUUAGAAUUAGUGAAUUAAUUAUCGAAGAGCAUAUGUCUUCCAGACCAAUUUCUUAAUAUGUUCAUAACAAAAUGCAUUGUAAAUUGUGAAGAAUUCAAGAUUGUAAAAUAAUUAAUUGAUUAUUUAGAAUUAACCAUAAUAAUUAGCUAGAUAAGUGAGAUUGGUGUCAGUAUUUAUCCGUACAUUGAUUAAAUAGAAGACAUUUGAUCCAAAGAAGAUAUUUGUAGAAUUAUAAGGAUUUUGCUUGGAAUUUUCAUCAAUUCUAGAGGCAACCCAAUUAUUUAAAACUAUUAAAAAUGCAGUAUAAGAAUAAUGAG